AUGACAAAUUUCGUUCAUGACGAGCAAUCAUCAGGACAUUUACGAAUGCCACAAGAGCGUUUGAUGGAAAUGAUUUCGAUUCUGCGUGCGAUCAGUACGUUGAUCGAGGGACUGGCGAAACGAAACGAUGCGCAAAAAUCGGAUUUCUUCCAUGAAAUUGUUAAUAUUUAUCCGUUAUUGGUGGACUGUCUUCCGAGCUCAAGAGCCGAUCCACAG